AAGAAAAAAUGUUAGCGAGGUCAGCUUUAUGGCAUUCGAUACGCAAUUAUAAUAUGCAUAGUUCCGUGUGCCCAAAGAGCAAUGACCCCAAGGCAUGUUUUCCGGUACCCCUACUAUUUCUCCCAAACUAUAAAUACACUGGUAUCUCUGCUUUUUUAACAAAUGGUUUGGUGGCAUCACAGAGCUCUAUACAUACAUGGAUGACAUUCACAAUCACAGUGACCUUGUUCACAUCUUAUAUAUAAAAUUCUGUAUUCAUCAACGCUUUAGUGCAGGAUUUGCGGUUACAUCGAACGUAUAUACAUACAUACCAGUGAGUGUUUCGAUUGCAGCCUUAAGCUAAGCAGAACAUCUCUAAAGUCUAUUUCUCAUUGCGUUACAAGAAAUUUACUUCGUAAACAUGACGAGUAAUGAUAAACUUCAAAAAGCUGACACUUGCGAGUAUACUUUCAACAAUACAACAAAACUGCGAGCAAAUGAAGAUUUGGAAAAUUACGUAAAGCUGUUACGUGAUACAUUUGACCAGAAUUUAUUUCCGAGCGACUUCGAUGAAUGGACAGUGAGCCAAAAAUACAAAUGGAUUAAUAAGAAUCUGUCCAAAUUCUAUCCGAACGUGCCAGAGUCUUUAUUGAAAUUCAUUCCGGCUUCCUUUCGGCAAGGAGAUUGCGGUCAGUCACCGGUGAAGAAACCCGAAUGGUUGGAUAUGGAUAAAUACCGCAGGGGCCAAAAAUUCGCCCAGGAAUAUUUAGUCGGAAUUACCAUAAGUGUAAUGUUGUCGUUAUUACCUGCAUUUUCUUUCGAAAAUAUUUUAAACCCAGUUAUCCUGGGUAAUCAAUCUCAUACACUCUAUUUGAGUUUUAAAAGGUAUGUAUCGGCUAUACACCGGAUGUUUUCUUGGUUCAAUGGAGAACCAUGGGUAAAGGAAACGCCUGCCUUCCAGAGCAUGCAGAUUACGCGCAGAAAGCACAUGAUAAUAAGAGAAAAACUAUCUCGGAUUGACGAAGUCAAAAAUGCGUGUAAAUUUGCAAAUCCAUGGAGUCCGGAUCGUGAAUUGCUUCUAAAAGAUUUCGCCGAAGCAUGUCCAUUUGAGAAGAUCGGUCAACGACCGUAUAAAUCGUUCAUAGAUUUGCCAUUCAAGCAGAAGUAUGUAAACAGCGCUGACAUGGCAAUGAUUCAAUUGUGCUUUGUAGGCUUCAUUUUACUCUAUCCGCAAGAAUUUGGAGUGCACGGUUGCACCGAUGAGGAUUUUGAGGCUUACUGUCAUCUUUGGAGGUGUUACGGAUAUUAUCUUGGAAUAGAAGAUGAAUAUAAUUUCUGCAGUGGCAGUCUCAAAGAAAUAAAACGAUGCUUCCAAGAUUAUUGUCAAUAUUGGAUGAUUCCAAAUUUGAAGGAAGUGACAAGCGAAUGGGAACACAUUACGAGAUGCAUUGUCGAACCGUUGAAUUAUUAUCCUUUUUUACGCAUGUCUUAUAAGUCCGCGAUGUUACUUAUCAUAAAUCCACUUGAUGUAAACAUGCCGCGUUUAAGCGCAUCUCUUAGCUAUUCAGACUGGAUCAUUUAUAAGAUAUGGAAAUUUAUAUUACGUUAUGCUUUGAAAUUAUCGAGCAUAAGAUUACUUUUUAAUAAAUUAUUACUGAGUUCACUGAAUCAAGUGGUGAAAUAUAGCCCGGAAAAAGAAGCGAAACUUCAAAUGCGAUCUAAGAAACAAACGCCGGAUUUUUCUAUAAUAUUUUAAUGAUAACAUAACAAACUUUUCCUUGAGUUUUUAAACACAUAUUGUAAAUCGAUUAUAUCGAGAAAACAAUGGCACAUGACAGGAAUAAACAAAUAUUUAAAAAAAGUAAUGUUUUUAUAAUAUUUUAAUGGUCGCUGCAAUAAAUUUUAAAUUUAUUUAAAAUAUUCUAAGAAAGCUCAUUUCGACAAAAAUACAUUGCCGUAAUCGAAAGAUUUGCGUUUAUAUAAUCAAUUCCUGUCACUCAGGUGCUGAAUACUCCUUUAUUAGAACGUAUGAUAAUUUAACUAUAAAUAAUAAAAAAUAUAAUUAUAUGAUAUUUUUUCUAAUAUAAUUUGAAUAUAAUUAGUCAUAGUUAUGCAAGAAACGUCCAACCCAUAAAAUUAUAAUUUUUGAAUUAUUGUAAUCAGUGGGGCAAUUCGUACAUUUUUCUACAUAAACAAAAAAGAUCUAAGCCUAAUGUGUGUCUAAAAUUAAUAGAGAACAGUUUUUGUCUAUAUUUUAAAAUUAUUUACAUUUUUUCCAAACAAACUUUAUAUAGGUUGGAUGUUUUUUAGAUAACUAUAGCCAAUUAUGUAAUGCAAUAACAUUAAAUCUUCUCUUUUAUAACAAUUUAACCAUUAUGAAAUAAUAUAUUUUCAGGGUUGGUAAAAUUACUUUAUAAAAAUAACUCGUUACCAUUACCGUUACUCAAAAAUUAACGAAUCGUUACUAUUUUCGUUACUCAUUUUUACAUUAAUAAAAUAUAUUGUAAUAUAUACAAAUUUCUAAAAUAAAUAUUAUAUAAAUAAAA